ACCAACGAGUGCAGCCAGAGGCAGAGUGCAGUGCAGUUCGGUGCAGUGCAGGACAUCAUCGCGCAGAUAAAGUGCGUACCGGCACAGGAUUGCUUGCGUGUUAUAGAAGGUGUUGGCCGGGAAGGUGUUAUCCUUCCUUCCUUUUCCUAACCAAGUGCCACUGACUAGUGUCGCAGUGCCGCCAUGCCACCCGUGUCCGCCAUCCAGUAUCUACCGCUGGCCGCCGGUAUACUGGGAAUGGUGAGCUUCAGUCGACCACAGGAUACCCUCAUGUCGGUCCUUAGCUUCCUCCAGGAGGGUGGCCAAGAUUUAACGCACGAACUGCCGGACCAGCCGACGCUCCGGCCCGAGUACGACUUCGUGAUCGUCGGUGGCGGUUCAGCCGGGAGCGUGCUGGCUAGCCGGCUCUCGGAGGUGCCCGAAUGGUCCGUGCUGCUGAUCGAGGCCGGUCCAAGCGAGAACCUGCUCAUGGACAUCCCGAUGGCGGCGCACUACCUGCAGGGGUUCAACAUCAACUGGGACUACCGGACGAAACCAAGUGAUGCGUACUGUCUCGCGUUCAAGAACCGUCAAUGCCGGUUGCCCCGUGGCAAAGUGAUGGGCGGAUCGAGUGUACUAAAUUACAUGAUCUACACCCGUGGGAACCGGCGUGACUUUGACCAGUGGGCCGCACUCGGAAACCCGGGCUGGUCUUACAAAGAUGUGCUACCGUACUUCCAGAAGCUGGAGCGAAGUCGCAUCCCAGACACGUACCCUGGGUACGCCGGCAAGGAUGGCCGGUUAACGAUCUCAUACCCCCGGUACCGAUCGGCUAUCGCGACCGCUUUCGUCCAGUCAGCGCAGGAAGGUGGUGCCCCGUACGUGGAUUACAAUGGUCCACGGCAGAUCGGUGUAUCGUACAUCCAAAGCACCACCAAGGAUGGCAAACGGCACAGUGCGAACGUUGCGUACCUGCACGAUCUGCACGAUCGCACCAAUCUGCACGUGAAGAAGCAAGCACAGGUGACGCGGAUUAUGAUCGAUCGCGGGGCCAACCGGGCCACCGGUGUGCGGUUCUACAGUGCCGGUCGGAUCCAGAGUGUACGGGCACGGCGUGAAGUGAUCGUGUCGGCCGGUGCCAUCGGAUCACCGCAUCUGCUCAUGCUGUCCGGGAUCGGGCCAGCUGGGCAUCUGCGCGAGAACGGCAUCAAACCCGUGGUGGAUCUACCGGUCGGGUACAACUUCCAGGACCAUACGGCGGCCGGUGGCCUGACGUUUCUGGUCAACAACACCGACACGAUGAAGUACAGCCAGAUCUUCCAUCUGGACAAGUUCAUGGAGUACCAGUACAACAAGACGGGCCCAUUCACGUCGAUCGGUGGCUGCGAAUCGCUCGCGUUCUACGACUCGGAACAUCCGGGCGAUCUGGACGGGUGGCCGGACUACGAGCUGAUCCAGAUCGGGGGUACGCUGGCGGCCGAUCCGACGUACGAGCACAACUUCAACUAUCGGCCGGAUGCGUUCAAGCAGCUGUUCGGGGAGUUGCAGAAGCGGAACCUGGACGGGUAUACGGUGUUUCCGAUGGUGCUGCGGCCGCGCAGCCGGGGCCGGAUCUCGCUGAAUGGGACGAACCCGUUCCGGUAUCCGGUGAUCGAACCGAACUACUUUGCCGAUCCGUACGAUCUCGAGGUGUCGGUACGGGCGAUCCGGAAGUCGAUCGAACUGUCGGAGAGGGCUGGGUUGAGGCGAUUUGAUGCUCGGUUGUUGCGAUCGAGGAUGCCGGGUUGUGAGCGAUAUGUUUUCGAUUCGGAUGAUUAUUGGAAGUGUUUUACGCGGCAUGCAACGUUCACGAUUUAUCAUCAUGUGGGAACGUGUAAGAUGGGACCACGACGGGAUCCGACGGCCGUUGUUGACGCACGGUUACGGGUGCAUGGGAUUAAGGGGUUGCGGGUGAUUGAUGCGAGCAUUAUGCCGAAUGUACCGGCGGGCCAUACGAACGCACCGACCAUUAUGAUCGGGGAGAAGGGUGCGGAUAUGAUCAAGGAAGACUGGAACGAGCUCACGGAGUGAAGAAGUGGAAGAUAGGAGCUUAGCGGUUUGUGCAAUAAGUUCGGCGAUAUUAGCUAGUUACAAUACUUUCUUGCUCAAGAGUGAUCUCUCGUCCAAGUAAAUUAUACACACAGACAAACACACACAUACAGGCGGCCUAUUUAUAAUUGACCUAAGUUUGCGUCGCGUUAAGUCAUAGGCUUAAGGAUAGAGUUCUAGCAAGAGUGAUUAAGAAGAAGCUUCCGCUAUUCUGCAUUUGAAAGCGCAGAGCAAAAUGUGAAAUAAAUCCUAUUCUUAA